UCGUAUCUCAUCGUCUGCAUUAUCUUGUGUAGUUUGUAUAGUAUAGUGAUAUUUACUACUUUUGAGAGUCACAAACAGCUGGAACCAAAUACACUUGGCCAAUAAAACUGGUUCUGAUUCUGAUAACACACAUUUGUUCUCUUGUUCAUAAUUACAAUGUCAGACUGUAGCCGCUAGGUGGGUGUUACUCAUUCUCGUGCAGUUCACUUGCACAGCAACACCAUGUCUGAACCAGCGAAGACCAGCCAAGAUAACAGCAUGUAAAGGCCUGAAGCAGGUGCAUUCUGGUCCCGGUAUCUCCUCUAAGGCCAUGGGCAUCACGGACUCGUUCGUCGACGACAUUGUUGAGCGCAUCGCCCUUGAGUCUUCUUGUCCGCCUCGCCACAACAACCCCGCCACCUAUAAGGACAUCCAGACUGCCGUGCGUCUGUUGCUUCUCGGAGAGUUGAGGGUCGCCCUGGCAGCUCAGCAGCAGGAGCCGCUGCCACAGAAUUUCACUUCCUCUGCUCCACUUGCCGCUGAUUGCUCCAGGACUCAACCUCUCAACAUGAAUAGGUAUGCCACCAAAAACACGGUUGCUGAAUAGAAGUGGUGAAGCAAAGGUCUCAUUCUACCUACCCAAACCACAUUCUCAUUUUACUGACCUCAUUGUGCAUCUUCUUGCAACUGCUCACGUUCGGUUUUUCUUUAUUUCAUGGGUGAGCAUUGCAGCAUUAUUGCUUUUUCAGUCAUAAAGGUGUGUAUAUAGCAACCUACAAGCUUUCCAGAUAUGUUGUGGCUGUUAAUGUUUUCAGAAGGAAGAUCUGAUUUAUGGACUUGCUUG